AUGAAGUCAACCCCGACCAACAACGAUCCUGAAAAUGCAGAAAUCUCGGCAUCAAAACCAGAGGACUCAUUGGAAUGGGAUUUGGCGCCUGAAAAUCCUCUGAACUGGGCAUCGUGGAAAAAGAUUGUACUCAUGGCUGCGAUGUCCGCAUCGGCAAUAUCAGUCUCAAUUUCAACUUCCAUCAUUACUCCUGCACGUGAUGAGAUUAUGGAGGAGUUUGGUGUUAGCAGCACCGUGGCGAUUCUCUCCGUAUCCUUGUAUGUACUCGCGCUGGGCUUUGGGCCUGUGGUCGGCGGUCCACUCUCCGAGACCAUUGGUCGUUAUCCCGUCUAUUUGGGGUCAAUAAUCGUUGGUGCCGCAUUCACUAUUGGAGCAGGCUUUACGCAUAACUUUGGUGCUCUGCUUUUCUGUCGGUUUAUGGCUGGGUUUGUUUGGGCGCCGGUGCUUGCUGUGGCUCCAGGGUCAUUGUCAGAAACGUUUCUUCCCAAGGCUCGAGGACCAGCCUCGGCUAUCUUUAUUUUAAUGCCCUUCCUAGGGCCAGGACUUGGUCCGGUAAUUGGUUCAUUCGUCGUUACUCGCAAGGACUGGCGCUGGACUCAGUGGACGGUCCUUUUCUUCGCUGCUUUCAGUCUUCUGUUGACUCUCGCUGCAAGUGAAACGUUUCAUCCUAUUCUCAAACGACGUCUAGCAAGGAAACGCGGCCAAGAAUUCACACAACAACCACCCCUCGCCACCCGUCUACGCCAUUUCGCCGUCGUAGCCCUCGUCCGACCCAUUCAAAUGUUAUUACUGGAACCGAUUGUGUCUUUGCUUUGCUUAUAUGUUGCCUGCGAAUUCGGUACUCUAUUCAGUUUCUUCGCUGCAGUCCCUUAUACAUUUGGCGUCGUGUACGGAUUCAGCCUAGAUGAUUCUGGAUUAAUAUUUCUAUCGAUCAUCAUCGGCUGUGUACUUGGAUUUCUCACGGUUGUCCUAUGUGAUAUUUUCUUUUACAGAAAACAAAUUCCUCGAUAUCCGCCUCAUCGCGUUCCUCCCGAAUAUCGCCUUUUUCCAGCUAUGAUUGGAAGUAUUGGCUUACCCAUUGGCUUAUUCUGGUUUGGCUGGUCUGCGCGCGAGGGGAUAUCCUGGGUGGCCCCAGCCGCUGCCAUUAUUCCUUUUGCAUGGGGAAAUCUUUGCGUCUUCGUUUCCUCGAUGCAGUAUAUUACAGACACUUAUCACGGCAGUGUCGUGGCAAGUGCCGCCAGUGCGAAUAGUUUGGCUCGCUACGGAUUUGCUGGAAUCUUUCCACUAUUCACUAUUCAAAUGUAUGAAAAACUCGGCAUAGGGUGGGCUAGUAGUUUGUUAGGAUUCAUUGCCCUGGCUCUUUUGCCAAUUCCUUGGGUGUUCUUCAAGUAUGGACCAGAUAUUAGAGCUAGAAGUCGGUUUGAAAUGACGUUGUAA